GAAGUUAGCGGGUCUCACGUGACCGAUGGCAACACUAAGAGGUUACCGUAAUUUGCGCCAAAAUUGAAAAAUGAAGCCAAAUGUAAUUUUUCGAAGUAAGCAAUACACGUUUUCGCCAUUUUGCUUGCACGUGCUGCUGUGGGGGAAGCAAGGUGUUCUCCCACGAUGCCCGGAUUUAUAUCGAGAUUGUAACACGUAUCACCUACAAGAACUUAAUAGGAAGAUACUAAACAUAAAUUCAAGAUUUCUCGCAACAUACGAAGGUAAAGAUGGGUUUUUCUUUUGCAGCUCUUUUGACUAUUCUUGGAGUACUUGUUUAUCCAGAGACGGUUUACACCUAAAUCGGAGAGGUAAUCAGCAGCUGGGGAAAAUUUUUGUAAAAGAUAUCAGGAUAAGUUUGACUGUUGCAGAGGUAAGUGCACCAUUUUGUUCUACAUCCCUUAGCAGUUUCCCAGCAUUAACCAGUAUUCCUUCUGUUCUGAGUACUCAUUUGGGUAGUAAUCUUGGUGCUUCUGUUUCCAAACCACUCUUUUCAGAUGUUGUGAAACGUUCUUUAGUUUCCAGUGUUCGGGUUUGUAAUUCUAGAGAUUUUUUGUGCCAUGUUUCUUCUUCUAAACCGCUUUAUUCAGAUGUUUUAAAGCAUGAUUGUUUUACUAGCUCUGUUUUGAAUACUAAUCCCAGUAUUCCGAGUUUAUCAGAUUUUCCACUUCUUGAAUAUUCACUUGGCACUAGUGUAAAUUUUUUGGAUCCACCUCCUAAGCCACUUUACUCAGAUGUUUUAAAACAUGGAUUUUCUAGUAUGAUUUUGGAUAGCAGUUCCAGUGUUUUGGAUGUAUUGGAUUUUCCAGCUCUCGAAUGUACUGUCCACACUACAUCAGCUAUUUCUGAACUUCCUGGAAAUUCAGUGUCUAAUUCUCAACCUGCAGGCUCUUCGGAUUCCAAUUCAUCAUCAUCUCAUCUUGGUAUCAGUUUCAAUUCUUGUACUUCCAUGUCGAAUUUUCCAGUUUUUAAGGGUUCAUUUGUUUGCUCUGAUUCAGAUUUGCAGAAGGCUACUAUAUCUAAUGUUUCUAACAUUAAGUUUGGGGGUGCAAAUGAUUCUAAUCAGGGUGAAAGUAAUGUACAGAAAUCUGAAAAUGGGUAUGUUGAAGAAAACUGCAAAGUUAUUACCUCUGUUAACCCAAAUAUAAAGACUAUAAUUUGUCCAUGUUGCUUCAGAUGUCCAUCCAGAAUUUUAGUUUCUGAGGAACAAGAUCUUGCGACAGCUAUUUUUUAUUCAGGUCACAAUCAUGAGCUGUCGUUUGAAAAUACCAAAUUUCAACAGCUUAGUCAGAAUUGUCGUGAUCAAAUCAAAACUUAUGCUCAGUUAGGUGUGUUUCCACCGAUCAAAUUCAAGAAUUUAUCUGAGAUGGAAGUGGAUCACGUGAUAAUAGAGAGAGCUUAA